AGAUAUACGGCAAGGCGUAAAAACUAUUAACCCAAAGACCAUAUUGUGUGAAGAGAUAUUUAUAGGAGUCAUAAAAAGAUGGAUCCCUCCUGUUUGUCUGAAUCUCAGGAAUCUGUUAAUGCUAAUAAGCCCGAGCAAAACCAGAUCAGCAUUACUUUCAUGGAUCCCUUCAGUUUGUCUGAAUCUCAGGUAUUGUUAAUGCUAAUAAGCCCGAGCAAAACCAGAGCAUUACUUUCAUGGAUCGUGAUUCCUACAAUGCUGCAACAAAAGGCAAAAUCGAGGUCUUCAAAAAUAUUGCCGAUCAUAAUUCUCUUGCCCUCCUACUAACUGCAAAUAAAAACACAAUCCUCCAUAUUUACAUCACAGCCCUCAAUUCCCAAUUCGAAUCAAGAACACCUAUUGCAAGAUCAGAAUCAACAACAACCCUCAAUACAGGAUCGGAAUCAACAACCAACUUUGUGGAAGAAAUUCUUGAAAUGUGUUCGCCAUUGUUAUGGCAAGCCAAUGUCAAAGGUGAAACUCCAUUGCACAUUGCAGCAAGGUACGGGCAUGAUGACAUAGUGAAAGUUCUAAUCAAAUAUUGUGCCCAAACUCCCCAUCAAGACCUUGAAGGAGGGAUUGAACCAGUAAAGGAAAUGCUUAGGAUGACUAACAAAGAAAAAGACACGGCUUUACACGAGGCUGUACGUUUUCGUCACCUUAAGGUUGUAACAUUGUUGAUUGAAACAGACCCAAAUUUUUCAUAUUCUGCUAAUGAUGUUGGUGAGACUCCUCUUUACAUAGCUGCCGAGAGAGGGUUUGAAGACGUGGUGAUCGAAAUUUUAGACGAAUGCAAAUUACCAAUGCAUGGCGGUGGCGGCGGCGGCGGCCCCCUUGGUAGGACGGCUUUGCAUGCUGCCGUAAUAUGGGGUGAUAAAUAUGAAGAUAUGACCACAAGAAUUCUGAAACAAGUUGAAGGUAUAAGUAGAACAGUUGACGAUAAGGAUUAGACUCCGCUUCACUUGGCUGCAUACUUAGGCCAUUCAGCCUUAGUAACACUGUUGUUGAAUGAUGAUAAAUAUGUAGCAUACAUGAAAGACAAAAACGGUAGGACAGCUCUUCAUAUUGCAAUUCAACGGGGUAAUGAUGAUAUAGUGAAGAGCAUUGUAUCAAGUUGUCCAGAUUGUUGCGAACUGGUUGAUAACAAAGGUUGGAAUGUACUCCAUUUUGCUAUCCCCGAAUGUCUUUCUUUUCCAAGUGAAAAGAGCAAACGUUUAGAGAUGAUCAUUGAUAUUAUCAGAGAAAAUUCAUGUCUCGACAACCUUUUGAAUGAGAAGAAUGCCGACGGGGAUACACCUCUUCAUUACUAUUUGAAAGAAGGUUGGCCAGCUGAGCAUUUUUUUUGUUACCCUCGACUGGACAAGAUGGCUUUCAACAAAAAAAACCUCACCGCGUUCGAAGGUGCUUCAUAUAAUUUGCCAAUUUUCAGAAGAAAAAAGGAGAAGAGGCAACCACCUCUACGAGUAAUAACUUACGAAGACGAGUAGGAGUUAUCUUAUUUGCAGAAUAAAGCUGGAGCCCAAUUGAUAGCGGCUACACUCAUUACAACUGACUUUUGCAGCAUGUAUUACCAUGCCUGGGGGAUUCAUGGAAAGUGGAGAAGGCUCACACCCAGGCUCUGUACUUCAGAAAAAAAGUGUUGCUUUCAAAGCAUUUGUCAUCAUAUAUAUUAAUUAGUGACAAGUGUUGUCUGAAUGAGUUUUCUUGUUACUUAAUUUCGCAUGUUACGAAUU